AUGGAUAUAACUCAUCUAGAAAUUCACGACCGGAGGAAGCUCCAGACUCCAGAAGUCCAGAGGCACCCUCAAUUUCCCCAGCUCCCUUUUCUCAAGCCCCGUCCCCGGUCACCACCUCACUUCGUGCUCCUCUCCCGGUCUCCCCCAAGUUCCCUUCCUCUGCGAUCCCAGGACCCUCGGCGACUAGGUCGUCACCACGGCGUCCCCGCCUCUCACGCGCGUCGCCUCCAUCGCCGUCCCCGUUCUUCCUCGGUUGCGGUACCAGGUAUGGACAUCGCGAGACGCAAACCUAAUUUCGUGGGAAAGGUCGCUGUGGCUGCCGCCCUCACUGUCAUGUGCAUACUUGUAUUGAAACAGUCUCCUGGUUUCGGCGGUACUAGUGUGUUCUCUCGCCAUGAAACUGGGGUGACUCAUGUGCUGGUGACAGGAGGUGCUGGAUACAUCGGCUCGCAUGCUACCCUUCGUCUCCUUACGGACAAUUACCGAGUUACCAUUGUGGAUAACCUUUCUAGAGGGAACAUGGGGGCUGUCAGAGUUCUUCAACGGUUAUUUCCAGAACCUGGGAGGCUUCAAUUUAUAUACACUGAUUUAGGCGAUCCGAAAGCUGUGAACAAAAUGUUUUCUGAGAACGCAUUCGAUGCUGUUAUGCACUUUGCUGCUGUUGCUUAUGUUGGUGAGAGCACGCAGGAGCCACUCAGGUACUACCACAACAUAACAUCAAAUACUUUGACAGUGCUUGAGGCAAUGGCAGCAUAUAAUGUAAAAACUUUGAUUUACUCGAGUACUUGCGCAACAUAUGGUGAGCCUGACACAAUGCCUAUUACCGAAACAACUCCUCAGAAUCCUAUCAAUCCAUAUGGGAAGGCAAAGAAGAUGUCAGAGGACAUAAUUUUAGAUUUCUCAAAGAAAUCGGACAUGGCUGUCAUGAUCUUAAGAUACUUCAAUGUUAUUGGAUCAGACCCUGAGGGACGCCUUGGGGAAGCUCCGAGGCCAGAGUUGCGUGAGCACGGAAGGAUUUCUGGUGCUUGUUUCGAUGCAGCAUCAGGAACCAUUCCAGGGCUAAAGGUUCGAGGAACUGACUACCCGACUGCUGAUGGAACUUGCAUAAGGGACUACAUAGAUGUCACAGAUCUUGUUGAUGCUCAUGUCAAAGCUCUUGGUAAAGCAGAGCCUAAAAAAGUUGGAAUCUACAAUGUUGGCACAGGGCAAGGUAGGUCGGUGCAUGAGUUCGUAGAAGCAUGCAAGAUGGCGACCGGAGCUACCAUCAAGGUCGAAUUACUUUCCCGGAGACCAGGAGACUAUGCUGAGGUUUACAGUGACCCAUCCAAAAUCCGCGACGAGCUGAACUGGACAGCUCGCCACACAGAUCUUCGCGAAAGCCUUGCAACCGCAUGGAAAUGGCAGAAGACACACCCUGGCGGAUAUGGGUUGACCUGAUUCAGUGCUCAGUAGGUUCAGAUUCGACGGUGUUCUUCCAACACAGGUUCAUGGAUCCUUGUGCAGUGAUGCAGCCUUCAGGAAACUGGCCCUUCAUUCAAUAGACGCUUUGCAGGUAGCCACAGAAGAGUAAUGUAUAACUUGCAGCACCUGGAAGAAGAUACAGAGAAUGCCUCCCCAUCCCUUGCUUAGAAUCAUACUAUAGGUUUUCUUUUCCGUUGUUUUACAUUUCAUUGAUUUUGGCAUCCACUGGCUGAAGCAUGAUAUAAUAACACAUACAAAGUUGUGGUGUAGAGAACGAGAUCAAUCUUAUAUUAUGAACUAUGAUAUGAACCUUUACAGUGGUGGAUGGCAUGAUAUAAGUAAGAGUAGAUAUUCACUCCUUGUUUGA